AUGAAUCACUCUCUUACCUCUUCGCCUCCAGCUCGACCACCUUCAAGCUCCAAUCUCGCGCCUUACGUCAGCGACACCAUCAACAGCUGGAUCGCGUCUGCCUCCUCUCACGGUUCGUGUCUAACGAAGGCCUCAAGUGCACCACCGACCGAAGCCUCCGCCUGCCUCGAUACAGCUCACUUUCCCACCCUUAAGCGCAGAAGAAGCAUCCAAGAACCACCCCCCUCUCCUCCUCAGCACAUCUCCCACUCGCCACCCUCAACACCAAGCACCAUGGCUGACCUCCAGCCUCCAAGUGAUAACACUCCCUCAACCCCGCAGACAUCGCAAAGUGCAAAGAAGCAGAAGACCAGCCAUACCCAGAGCCAAUUCCAGCAUCAGCUCGACAAUUUUGGUUUUCUCUUGAAUGAUGGAGCGAUACAGGAAUACCCAAAUUUCUGGGCACAUAUCAAGCAAAUCGUCGUACCCGUGCGCACCUCAGCUACCAAGAUGCCAGAGCAUUCAAAGCAAAAGGAGCAAGCCCGGUUCAAUGCAGCGAUAGAAGACACUCGUGCUUAUGAAGACACCUUCCUCGAAACAGUCCUACCAAUGCUUGCCAAAGCGACUUUUGAAGCUUCGCCCCAAACAAAGACUCAGAUCGAGCAACGCGAGAAAGAGAAGGCUGGGAAACGGCAAGACCCGACUUUGUCCUUCAACUUGGCGGACGAAAACGAGUGGCAGCGCCACGGCCUUAUGAAAGCUACCAAGACUCCGUACAUUAAGAACCAAGUCAAGACAAAGAUUCAAGCUGUCCUCACAGUAUUGAAAGACUAUAAAGGAGAUGCCUGGGCGUUGACAGACCCUGUGCUAGAUCGGACGUUAGGAUUUCACGUGAAGUAUUUUGACUAUACCAAACCGAAACGUCUCUUCCCGCCCUCAGAGGUCUUCAUUCUGUUUGAAGUAUGUCCAUUACUACACCAUCCUUUCUGUAUUUUCGAGGGUAAGGGGAGCGGAGGCGACCUCACAGAAUUGACUAUGCAGGGACUUCGCGAUGGCGCAACGCUCGUGACUGUCCACCGCGAGCUCCGCCACCGCUUCGCUGGCAUGAAUGACAAUGAAUCAAGGAAUCGGGACCCGAACAAUUCGGGAUCCUUCCCUGACUGGUCUACAUUCGUAUUCACCUUUACCCUGUCCGCAGGGUGUUUUGAAGUCUACGUGAAUUGGGCGGAGGUCAUGCAGGACGGAUCAAUAGUCGACCAUAUGAAUCUCAUCAAAUCAGUAUCGCUACGCGACGAUGAAUCCCGCGAGCUGGGAUCUCGCUGGUUGCAUAACGUGAUUGAAUGGGGUUUAUUCACCCGUCGCCAAGAAUUGCUCCUUAUGCGGCACAAUAUCUACAAUAAGGAGCUGAAAAAGCAGAAGCAGCCAAUACUCACAAACGACGAGGCCCAGCAGUUAGGCCUGCCGGUAAUCGAAGGCUGA